AUGAUAUUGAUCGUCCUAGCUUUUCUAAGCCAGCUCUACCUUCAUGAGAUUGAUGCGAAAGCCUCAGUUGUAGGCUGCGUGACCAACAAACAAGCUGAGACAAUUUUUGAGGAAAUUUCAAGAAUGUUUGAUAAUGUAGCCCUGCAUGAUACCAUUUAUGGCUUGUUCAAGAACAACAUUUCAGAAAAUUCGAUAGCAGCCAUUAAAAAAUGCGACCGUGGGUUUGAAGAUAAAUACAAUGAAAAACAUCAAUCCAUUGUUAGUUUUGCAAUACAAGCCGAAGAAGACGUAAAGGAAGCAAACGACAACAGAAUAAAGCAAGUUGAGGUUGGAAGGGUAUUCGAGGAUACRUGGAAAAAGAUGCAAAAACUAUUCAGACUUCAUGAAAAAACGUUAUAUGCAUUCGACAUAUAUCUGAAGGAUUCUUUGAUGCAGAAAUCUGCUAGAAUUGGGCAAGAUAUUAGGAGCGGAAAUAACGGUGAUAUCAAAUGGAAUGGCAACUUAAUGAAGGAACAUUUGUGGGAUGAAACACUAGUGGCUCAAGUAAUGAUAUUCCGUAUGCCAGAAGGGAUGUUUAAAGUAAUGAAAAGUGUUCUCAGGCAGAUUUUAUUCACCAACAUCGCCAGUCAGUUCUAUGCAGCAGUAAACAACACCGAUUGGGAAGCCACCUACAGAUUGUAUCAUCAACAAUUUUCACGAAUAUCGAGAAGGUAUAGUGAACUAACACUAAGCAAAGACCUGAGACGUUCAUCCAAGUUGAAAUACGACACCAUGGUGGUGGGAGUCGAAGAGGCUGAAGAAUAUGCCACAAAAACAAAUUCCACACUAGAAAGUGUUAGAGAAGCUGUUGAGAAAAUUAACACUGCAAGCGUGUACAAUUCUUGCAGCAAGAAUAAACAGAUCGGAUCACAAGCUAUCAUCGACUUGGGCAACAUUGCUACCAGUUUAGAGGAAAACGAAGUCAAGUUUGCUGCUGAAUAUCUGGCUAAAAUCAACGACUUUGUUUUGCAAGAAUUGUUCGGCAGUGGCGUACUCGUAUGGAGUUUUGACUUCGACUGCCUCCAAUGCGUCAAUUCUCUUGAUAAGGCUAGUUAA